CAAGCAAAUCGCAGGGCUUGGACAGAUCACGCUGAGCCCGAAAUUUUACAAGGGUGCUACUCUUAUGGAUCUUCCUCCUGUCUCCGUCGCUGUGGUCUCCCGAAUAGAUGUUAGUCAUCUGCUCCAUGAUCCACUUUUUUUCAGACAACAACUCUAAUACUGAGGAACAGGAUUUUCUCCAGAAUUUUGCGCACUAUCUGGUGACGAACAAGAGUGUGAAUCUUAAGGCUCCUACCGCUUUUUAGCAACAUGUAUCUAACACUGCUAGUAAUUCAUUCCUCUUCAUCUACGACGUUUAUAUUUAUAUAGGUAUCUAUAUUUGAUAUAAUUUUGUGACGAGAUGAAAAUAAGCCACAGGACAAGGGUCGUGAAUCAUGGUUCAUGAGACGCCACGACAGGGAUGCGUCUUCGUCAACAUGAUUUUUGGGAGUGGACCUUGUAGCAGAGUCUACUUCUUCUUAGAACAAAACCUUCGUUCUGGCUGCAUCUGUUGAAGAUAAUCAUCUUCUGUCUCUUCAGGGGCAGCAUAAGGCCCAACUACAUCAUCUUUGCGAAACACUGCACUUGUCUUUUUAUUCGCAACGAAGUCGCAUAAUCUGUUAAACUGGCAAUAGGUCUUUUUCCUCAAUCAUGUCAUGACGACCCCCAUGUAUUUCAUUUUCCUCCUCCAUGCUGUGCCCAUCUCUACUUCUUCUAAGAAUGCAGAAGCAAUCGGGAUCGUGGUUCCCGCAAACCACGGCUUACCGGGUGGCGGAACCAGCUACAUUCCGCAGCCGCGGGUGGGUUUUAUACCGCAUGUCAUCUACAACUUCCCGUUGAACGCGCGUGAAAUUGGCACGGACCCCAAUCAUGGGGCUGAGGAGUCUGUGAUGAGCAAUUGGUACGUGCACCACACUCAAGGUUUGCCUAACGACACAAGGACGAAAGAGAACAUGACUAGGCUGUACCAGAGCACGAUCCAGGGUGCUUGGGGCCUAAGAACGAAC